GUCAAAGACAGAUGAUGGUUCGAAUGUUCUAAGAAUACCCACAAGAACCUAAUAUAGGAAUUGCCUGAUGCCAAAGAAGACAACCACCUCCAGCCAGGCAACAAGAAGGCCGCCCUGUGUCCCUUCUCCUCCGCAGCAGUAGGAGGGAGGGGUUCGGACCAUUUCUGCAACACCAAAUCCUCCCUCCAUCCCCUCCAAACUCUUGCGGCCAUCACCCCAACACUUUUGAUCUCUUCAUUCAUAUGUUCUCGUUCUGAACCCAUGUUUCGAGCCUAUGUUCUUCAAUCUCCUCUUCUUCUCCUCCUCCUCCUUGGCUUUUGGCUUUGAUCACUCCAUUGAUUGCACUGCGAUGGGUUACUCCAUCCGGAAUCCAAAGAUCCCCGCAGCGCUGUUCCCCCUGAGAACAAAGAAGAACGCAGGGAGAGACAGCUUCAGACAGUCGUUGUUGGUGGACGAGCCGACGAACACGGCGGUGCCCAAGGGAUGCAUGGCGGUGUACGUGGGCGACGGCAUGAGGCGCUUCGUGAUCCCGACGAGCUACCUCCGCCUGCCGGCCUUCCGCCAGCUGAUGGAGAAGGUGGAGGAGGAGUUCGGCUUCGACCAGGCCGGCGGUCUUCGGAUCCCAUGCGAAGAGGAGGACUUCCAGGAGCUGCUCGACGCCUUGGCGGACUCCACGCCGGCCAAGCCGAAGAAGAAGAAGAAGAAGACCCUCAAGAGCUUAGUGAAGAUGGCAUGAGUCAUGGCUGGAA